AUGUAUCGGACACAGCUUCAAAAAGCGUUACGCUUGCCAAGACUAUCACAACACCAUGCCCGGACGGUGCCUCUCCAAGCCCGUGCCGCAUUCUCCACUUCGGGGCGGCGCGACAUCAUGGGUAUGACCGGUUUCACGGAAGAGCAGCUCACAGUCCGGGAGGCUAUCUCGCACAUUUGCUCAAAAUUUCCAAACACCUACUGGCAGGAACGGGAUCAGGAAGAGAAAGAUCCCAAGGAAUUUCACGUUGCAUUAGCAAAGGAUGGAUGGCUUGGAAUUGCUUUACCCGAGUCACUUGGAGGAGCUGGUUUAGGAAUCUCCGAGGCUACCAUGAUGAUGCAGACUAUCACACAGUCUGGUGCUGGCAUGGCAGGCGCACAGUCUAUACACGCCAACGUAUAUGCGACGCAACCAUUGGCCAAGUUCGGUAGCAAGGAGCAACUGGAGACAACAAUCCCGAACAUCAUCAACGGAACAUGGCGUACCUGCUUUGGCGUGACUGAGCCGAACACUGGACUCGAGACCUUGAAACUGAAAACGCUCGCCCGCAAAACCGACGAUGGCUACUCAAUCACCGGCCAGAAGAUCUGGAUCACUUGUGCGCAAGUGGCAUCAAAGAUGAUUCUUCUUGCCCGCACCACUCCCCUUGAAGAAGUCAAGAAAACCAGCGAAGGCCUUUCCAUGUUCUGUAUUGAUAUUGAUCGUGAAAACCCGGGCCUUGAUCUACGCAAAAUUAAGAAGAUGGGUGGACGCGCCGUUGAUGCAAACGAGGUUUUCUUCGACAACUACAAAAUCCCCGCAAACACUUUGAUCGGCGGAGAAAACGAAGGGUUCAAGAUCAUCCUCCACGGCAUGAACGCAGAGCGAUGUCUCUUGGCCGGUGAGGCUCUUGGCCUUGGGUAUGCCGCGCUGGAGAAGGCAUCCCAGUACGCGAGGGAUCGGGUCGUGUUUGGACGGCCCAUCGGGCAGAAUCAAGGUGUCGCACAUCCGUUGGCCGAUGCGUUCAUGAAGCUAGAAGCGGCAAAGCUAGCAACCUAUCACGCGGCACGCCUAUACGACACAAAUGACAGCUCAGUCCCCUUCCAUGAGAUUGGAGUGGCAUGCAACAGCGCGAAGUAUUUGGCCGCUGAGGCAGCCUUCACGGCAUGUGAGCGAGCUGUCCUGGCGCAUGGGGGCAUGGGUUAUGCGAUGGAGUAUGACGUGGAGCGGUAUAUGCGCGAGUGCUUUGUCCCCCGCAUCGCCCCCGUGAGUCGGGAGAUGAUCCUCAACUACGUGAGCGAGAAAGUGCUUGAAUUGCCAAGGAGCUACUAG